UGGACGCGGACGAGACGCUACCGAAAAACGCGCUACCCGAAUUGCGCGCGUGUCUUCUCGCGCGCGCGCCUCUUCCACACUUUAGCAAAGUGGCCGAAAGUUACGAAAAAGUUUGUUUGCUGCAAGAGUCACCGGAAAGUGCGUAAAAGUAUUCACGAGGCAAUCAGAUAAACUCGGAGAUGUUGCACGCACAAAAGUGCAAAAAGUGAAUCUCGAGUGGUGUGGAAGUUUUCGUGGCGAUUUUCAGAGAAGUUUCACGAGAUUAUUACGGAUUAUGAAGUUUCCUAUAGUUUAAUAGUUGUCAAACUUUUCGUUGGAACCUAAACAAACGCCAAAGAAGCGAUAAUCGUUGAAUUUGUUUGUUUUUUGUAAUUGGAACUUACAAAAACUUACGGAAAAGUGUUUUCAGUGCGGGAAUUAGUUUUGAAAUUUGUUGCGGAGCUAAUAAUGCGAUCAAAAAAGCUUUGAACAAUUCGAACAAUCGAGUGGUUAAUCAUCCGAAAGUUUCGGCGACGCGUUAAUUAUUCAUACCAUCAACUUUGUGCAACGCAAACAUCAACACCCGCACGAAACGUAACUUUUUAACAAACUGUGAACACAAAAUGAUGGAAAUCACGACAUUCGGAAUAAUUCUGCUCGGAUUUUCUUUGUCAGUCGGUGCAGUGCAGCGUUUCGACCAACAGCCAACGUACACGGAAGUCAAUCCCGGCCAAGAUGCUCUUCUCGUCUGCAAGGUUUUUAAUAAGCGUGGAUCUUGCUCCUGGCAGAAGGACAAUAAGCCAGUUGGAAUGUACCAGCAUAAAUAUGAGUGGGCUGGACCCCAACAGGACACUGGCGAUUGUUCGAUAUGGAUUCGCGCUGCGCAACUGGAAUUCGACGAUGGUAAUUGGGAAUGUCAGGUUACCGCGAGCGAUUUUCACACGCAGGACGCCCUCACGUCGCUGCCAGUCAAAUUGGUUGUUCGAGUGGCUCCGCAAAGACCGAGGAUCGAAUACAACGCAUCGCAGGUCCUGCCCGGGCAUAAUUUGACAGCUCUGCAUGGCGAAGUUGGUGUGAUUAAAUGUAUGUCGCAUUAUGGAAAUCCACCGCCGGUUUUAAAAUGGUUUCUUGAUCAGAACGAGAUAACGCCGACGCGAAGGCAGAGCAACUCGACGGAAUUGGAUAAUCCGCGCACGUGGCUCGCAAUCUCGAUCCUCGAGCUGACCAUCUCCAAGGAGAAUAACGGCAAGACGCUGCGCUGCGUCGCCGUCCACGAGUCCUACUCGACUAAAUCCAGCAGUAUUGAAGUUCGCUUGGAUGUUAUGUUUGUUCCUGAAACCAGACUGAUUGGCAUUCCAACGACUGACAUCGAAGAAUUAAAGGAUUCUGUAGCUAUCCGAUGUAGUGUGACGGCGAACCCCAAAGCCGCGGUGGUUUGGAAGCGCGAGGGACAAACGCAACCCGCAAGUCUACAAGAACAACUGCAGUUCAGCCCGGCAGUGCGGCAACACGCCGGACUCUACACCUGCCACGCACGGAACAAAGCCGGGGAAUCCCAACCCGUGCGAGUUCACGUCGAUGUCAAAUAUGCUCCGAAGAUUCUUUCCGUGGGUCCUGAUCGUUUGACAACUGCUGUUUUGUUUUCGUCUACGACUUUUGAGUGCAUUGCUGAAGGCAACCCGCAACCCACGUAUCAAUGGUUGCAGCGCAUUCCUUCACCGUCAAAUCGCAUUGUGGAACGCGGCCGGGAAGCAAAAUUGCAUAUUUCGAAUGUUACCUAUGAUUAUCAGGGGGAGUAUGUGUGUAAAGUGACAAAUAUCAUCGGGGGAGCAGAGAGGACCAUUCAGAGUGAAGCUAUUGCUCUACAAGUAGUUGGUGCACCGCAAGUUUUAAGACAUUCUGCAACACCGGAAACCGUCGUAGAAAAAGGUGAAGACGUCGAAAUGUCCAUGGUAGUCUGCGCGGAUCCACGCCCGAGGGUUGUAGCUUGGGAAUGGGGUUCGUUACGAUUGGAAGCAGGUUCUGAAAUGGGUAGAUACAGUGUCGAUGAAGUGAUCCAAGAAGAACGAGAAGAUUGUUACCUCGCCACACUAAAAAUCAAAGACGCCGAAGCGACAGAUUCACGCGCUUACUACUUGGCGGUAGAAAACGAUCGAGGAACAGAUCGUCACGCAGUCAAACUCUACGUAAAUGAACCGUUGCAGAUGAGUACGUUGGUAACCCUGGCGGGUGCAUCACUUGCUAUCUUCAUCGUGCUGCUCUGUAUGUUUAUCUACACCAUCAAGGCGGAAAAAUGUUGUUUUGCGAGAAAAGGCGACUUCAAGCCGUCCGACCUGGAAAGCGAAAAGUUGGACCUGGAGAAGACCGCCACCGGUCCCGGUGGUAUUCCUGCUGACGCCAUCUAUACGACGACGCCGCGCGGUGGCCGAUCCCCGGAGGCAAUGAAGCCGACGACCACACUGACAUUCAAUGGCAGGAGUAGCGUCUGCGGCGGUGGCGGCGGCGGCGGCGACAACGUCUACGCCGGCAUCGGGGGCGCGCGCCGCCUCACGCUGCCGUCGCCGAACGCGUGCGAGUCGGAUGACGACGGCGUCGCCGAGACGGCUGUCCGCGGGGGCAGCAGUGGCGGCGGCGGGUAUGCACGCAAAUCGCGCAGCUAUAACAAGUACAACGCGAUCGACGCGCCGCGCGAGUCACGCGCGCGCGCAUCACUGCCUUCUGGCGGCGGGGGCAGGCGACACGGGAGGCGCACGGACGCCAACCAUGUGACGGCGCGCCCUAAGCCGCUGCAGGCCGACUGCGAGAAGUAUUACGAACACAUUUUUCCCAGCCGCCAGCCGAGAGCGCGGCAGUCGUACAACGACGUCUACUACCAGCCGAACAGCAUGGAUCAUGCCGAACUGUAAAUAUUUGACACUUUUACAUUUUCGUUUGAAGAUGAUAUGCGUUUCACUGCCUAAAUGUUAUCCUAAAUAUCGAAUUUACCAUGACGGAACUUUUCCAUAACCAUACAAUAAUUUACGAGCAGUUACCAGUUUAUAAACUUGCUUUUAACCAUGUUCCGAAAUAUUGCCGGAGGAAUGUGAUCAACUUUCGCUGGCUUGGCUAUAGCUUCACUUUAAUUUUCCGUGCAGGAAUUUAUCGUAGGCAACCCACAAUACACCGAAACUUUGCGCAAUAUUUCGGAACCAAAAAUUUCAAAUUAAAAUAUAAAACUGUACAUAUUGGACCCGUUUUAUUCUCGAUCGGUGUCUGCAUACGAAAUUCGUGUAAAUGUAAACUUCAUCAUCUCACGAUACAAAUUAAUUUAUCAAAUCACUUCAUCACGUAUCCACGUCGCAUGACACACACUGACAACCUAUAAUUUUAAUUUCGCAAUAAUCAUCAAUCAUUUGUGUUUUAAUUUAUUGAUCAUUCACAACAUGGCAUUAUUCAAUAUUCCAUCUACAAUUCGAUGACUUCAACAUCUAAUUAAACGUUCAAAUCGUUCAAACCCUUAAGCGAACCGUUGACAGGACGUUAAAUUGGAAUCAUACGUUUUGUACGUUUCUGUGCUCUUGCAGAACGCAAAUGAUCGAGUAAAACUUUUCGAAAACUUAACGCAAAAUACGUCACUGAGGCUAGCAACCAACCAACGCUAUCUACUUUAAAAUAAAGACAUAAUUAUUGAUAAAUUAAUAAUGAAAUGAAUGUGAUGUUACAAUAAUAACUAAACUAAUUAUACUAUAUGAAAUUAAAUUGCAGAUGUGCGCGUUUGAUGGCGAACUGUGUUUUGCUUUCAAGCGCCGUGCAUUAAACGCGAAUGUAUUAUUCGAUUUACAAACAUUAAAUUAAACCAAAUAAAAAAAAAACACAUUUGAAAUAUACAAAUUAUAAUAAAUCGUAAUAUAAAUUAAUUGAGGGGCGUUUCGCUGCGAAUAUGUUGAAUGAUAUAGAAUAUUUAUGUGUCAUAGAUUAUAUUAUAUUAUUAUAUUUGUUAACGAAUACCAUUGGGGCGUAAUCAGGCGAGAAGAGAUGUGUGAAACUUUGGUAUUUAGUUUGAAUAUGUAUAAAAAAUGCGGAGUGAAAGUGAAAUGAAACGAAUGGUAUAUCUGAUUGGUUAACUUAACACUUGCAUGUACGAAUAAACAAUGAAUCAAGAUGUUAAAACAAGAAAAAUCCGUAAAUUGAAGGGAAAUAUUUAUAUUCUUAACGUUUAACAGUUAAUUAACGCAUUAUAAUCAAGGAAUAUUUUACUGUUUUGUUUAUAUUUCCUUAAAUGUAAAAUAUAUAAUAUAAAAGUAGAA